GUAUAGUUUAUUCAACAAAUGGGCCCUUUGUAAAAACCACAUCACUAUAAAUAAAGCCUUGUCUCCCUAAGUGGAAGCUUUUAACUUUUUUUUUUUUUUUUUUAAACAAAUCCUGCUUUGCUUUAAAAAGGAAAGACCUUAUUCUAGAUCCUCCGGCUUUUGAGUCCCUGCCAACCAAAGCUCUGAACAUACAGUAAACAAGAGUUCGAUAAGAAUAAAUGCUUUGCCUUCCUUCUCCUUCCCCAGCAUUUAUCUGCAAUAAGUAUUAAAAAAAUAAAUCAAAUAGUUCCAUAUUUUAUUUCAUCUUUCAGGAGAAAAAACAACUGCAACAAAAGAAUGUGCUUCUCCCCCAUUCUGGAAGUCAACAUGCAGUCUGAAUCUAACAUUACAGUUCGAGAUGCCAUUGAUGACAUCGACACCAACAUGUACCAACCACUGUCAUAUCCAUUAAGCUUUCAAGUUUCUCUCACUGGAUUUUUGAUGUUAGAAAUUGUUUUGGGACUUGGCAGCAACCUCACCGUGCUGGUACUUUACUGUAUGAAAUCCAACUUAAUCAAUUCUGUCAGUAACAUAAUUACAAUGAACCUUCAUGUACUUGAUGUAAUAAUUUGUGUGGGAUGUAUUCCUCUAACUAUAGUUAUCCUUCUGCUUUCACUGGAGAGUAACACUGCUCUCAUCUGCUGCUUCCAUGAGGCUUGCGUCUCUUUUGCAAGCGUUUCAACUGCAAUCAACGUCUUUGCUAUCACUCUGGACCGAUACGACAUCUCUGUAAAACCUGCCAAUCGAAUUCUGACCAUGGGAAGGGCUGUGAUAUUAAUGACAUCAAUAUGGAUCAUUUCACUUUUUUCCUUCCUGAUUCCUUUCAUUGAAGUAAACUUUUUCAGUCUUCAAAGCGCAAGUACUUGGGAAAAUAAGACACUUUUGUGCGUGAGUACAAACGAGUACCACACUGAGCUAGGAAUGUACUACCACCUCCUCGUUCAGAUUCCAAUCUUUUUCUUCACUGUUAUAGUAAUGCUAAUUACAUACACCAAAAUACUCCAGGCUCUAAAUAUUCGGAUUGGUACAAGAUUUACAACGGGACAAAAGAAGAAAGCUAGAAAGAAAAAAACUAUUUCUUUGACCACUCAGCAUGAGACUACGGACGUGUCUCACAGCAGUGGAGGAAGAAACGUCGUCUUUGGCGUAAGGACUUCUGUGUCUGUCAUCAUUGCUCUACGCCGAGCUGUAAAACGGCACCGGGAGAGACGAGAACGGCAAAAGAGAGUCUUCAGAAUGUCCCUCUUGAUUAUCUCAACAUUCCUUCUCUGCUGGACACCCAUCUCUGUUUUAAACACCACCAUCUUAUGUUUGGGCCCAAGUGACCUUUUGGUAAAGUUGCGAUUAUGUUUUCUAGUAAUGGCAUACGGAACAACUAUAUUUCACCCUCUACUUUAUGCAUUCACGAGGCAAAAGUUUCAGAAAGUUCUGAAAAGUAAGAUGAAAAAGCGAGUUGUUUCAAUAGUGGAAGCAGAUCCCAUGCCAAAUAACGCUGUAAUACACAACUCAUGGAUAGAGCCUAAAAGGAACAAAAAGAUUACCUUUGAAGACAACGAAGUAAGGCAGAAAUGUUUAGUACCUCAGGUUGUCACUGACUAGAUUUCAGUAUUCACCAAAACACAUCAAGCGGAAUAUUUGAACAAACUGUAGAAAAAUACUGCCAAAUAAGAAAAACUUUUUUUAACUAUUGGCGAGACUGUAAAUUUUCAAUAUGUGUGUUAAAUAGAGUAGGUCUUGUAUAUUCAAUUUCUUCAUUAUGUAAGAUAUAUGUUGCAUGGCCGUUUGUUAGCGUAACACCAUGUGUAUAUUUGUCAAAAAUAUCCAAAUCCUCUUUUUUAGAAAAUAAAUAGCCUUAAAGAAGUGCAAA